AUGCUCGAGUUCGUCGUGACCGCGUACUGGAACGAGACGCACCUGCAGUCGGACUCCUUCCUCCUGCAGAACGGCGCCGAGUACCUGGCCGCACACGCGCUCGGCGUGUGCGAGUUUGUGCUCGAGUCGCACUGGGCCCCCGCGUGGAAGGGCCACGCGGGCCUGCACGUGCUGGGCGUCGCGCUGCUCGUCUACGGGCAGGUCCUGCGCACGCUCGCGAUGGUGCAUGCGUCUACGAACUUUACUCAUGCGCUCGCACACACCAAGGCGGACGGCCAUGUGCUGGUCACGACCGGCGUGUACGCGUUCGCGCGGCACCCGUCGUACGCGGGCUUUUUCUGGUGGGCCGUCGGCACGCAGGUCCUGCUGGGCAACCCCGUGGCCCUCGUCAUGUUUAUCGUGGCGCUCACGCGCUUCUUCGCGGACCGCAUCCGCGUCGAGGAGGCCGCCCUGUGCGCGUUCUUCGGCGACGCCUACCGCGCCUACCGCGCCCGCGUCCGCGCCGGCGUGCCGCUCGUAGUCACGUGA